AUGAUGUUUGGACUCAUGCACACAUGUUGGUGGCUUGUAGGUGUGCAUGGCAGGGAGAGCAUGGGCACGGUGUCGACAAUUGUAAACGUGAAUGAGCAGAACACCGAAUGUGAAGUGCUCUUGCUCUCAAAUGUGGGCCUGUGGUCUCUGUUGUCUGUCCGUUGUUGGCUGGUAGUUUUGUGGGGACAGCGUGAUGGAGAAGAGCCGAAGCUCACCACAUGGUCACAAAUCGUUGCAAUGAGUGCGGCUCGCUGCAAAUUCUUAAGUUUUGUGUCCUAUCGGCAUUGGAGACCACACUGA